AGUUAAGAACACGCAGACUCGUAUAGCUGGUGUGAUUAGCGCGGAAAGACCGGAGAGCAUGCAAUUCAGUUCCUGCUUACUAACAAUGAUCCAUGGGAGUAUGUGAAUUCUCAAACUCUCCCAGGCUGUGUGGAGUUUUUGCAGGACUCUCAAGAGACCCUGAGUAUAGGUCUUGAGGGGAGUUUCCACAGCAGAAGUACAAGGCACUGUGACUUUGUUCCUCAAGAAGAAGAAGAAGGGGGAGGGACGAGCGAGUUCUCUCAGGCUUUUCUCAAACACACAAGUGUGGGCUCCAGACUGCACAUUCCUGUCUGUCUGUAAUUCUUAGGAAACUGGCCAGGGGGCGUCCAUGAGUCUUUUUAGAGCCAGUGAGUUACCUUGGUCGUGCUCUGGCUUGCAUUCUCUCACAGUGGUGCUGUACACAAAUGUCUUUCUAAGCCACUUGAUCUUUAUGGUUCAUUGGAUAGAAAGAGGGUUACUUGUAUCUACUGUCAAAGUGAGUUCCAGUAUCACAGAAGUGCAUCUAGUCUGCUGUACCACCUGCGUGAUAAACAUGCUUUCACUUCUCAAAAUACACUUUCUAGCAGUUUUUCUGCUACAACAAAACAACAACAAAUGAAACCCGUCAGUUUCAAGUACUUUCUUAGAAAUUCAGGAUCUCUGCAAACCCAUGAAUCAAGAAAAUUCACUCCAUUCUGGGUUUUGCAAGAAAAAUAAAUCACUUUACUAUCAAGAGGAAACAGUUGGAUAUUCUACUAAGAUACUGUGCAUUUUCUUUGCAGUCACUGGGAGAACUCAAUACAUUUCCCCCUGGACUGUGUAAAUACGUUUGCUCUCUCUCUCCAAAAAAAAUAAAAAAUAAAAAAUAAAUAAAAAUUACCUACUGGUUUUCCCAACAAACCCCAAGCCCUCCCACCCCCAACCACCCUCCAAAACAUGGAUCUGUGCCUGGGCCAGGUGUUCAGCAAGGACAAGACUUUCCGGCCUCGGAAGCGAUUUGAACCUGGGACCCAGCGUUUCGAGCUGUAUAAAAAAGCGCAGGCGUCUCUGAAGUCUGGCUUGGACCUGCGGAGUGUGGUGCAGCUCCCCCAGGGAGAGAACAUCAAUGACUGGAUUGCUGUGCACGUGGUGGACUUCUUCAACCGCAUCAACCUCAUCUACGGCACGGUGAGCGAGUUCUGCACGGAGCGCUCCUGCCCAGUCAUGUCCGGGGGCCAGCGUUAUGAGUACCGCUGGAAAGACAACAACCUGUACAAGAAGCCCACCAAGCUACCCGCCCUCAAGUACAUGAGCCUACUGAUGAACUGGAUCGAGACGCUCAUCAACAACGAGGACAUCUUCCCCACAAGAGUAGGGGUUCCAUUCCCCAAGAACUUCCAGCAAGUGUGCAAGAAGAUUCUGAGCAGGCUGUUCCGAGUCUUCGUCCACGUCUACAUUCACCACUUCGACAGCAUCUGCAGCAUGGGGGCGGAGGCGCAUGUCAACACCUGCUACAAGCAUUACUACUACUUCAUCACGGAGUUCAGCCUCAUCGAGCACUCAGAGCUGCAGCCCCUGAAAGCAAUGACUGAAAGGAUCUGCACCUGAUUGAGUCCACAGGACCUGGAUGGAGCUUGUUAGGCUAAAGCUACCCGACUGCCAGUCUUUACAUAAAAAAUAUCUGACUUUACUUUAUAUUGUCACACAUACGAUACAUAUCAUAUUUCUUAUAAUGUUCUUAUAUUUCAAAUUUUCAUGUCAUGAGUUGAAUAUAGAACCCCCAAAAAAGUAUUUAAAAUGGGAAGAUUUAUAGCCAAUGCCUGUAAGUACUACUGCAUCAACUGCUUAAUAUGGCCACCUUGAGAAAGGCUUCCACAUUAAAACCAACAAAAGUACAAAGUGGCCAAGUUACUUUAUAGUCCCUGUAUAGGUAACACCUACUAUUAGACAUGUAGCAACAUAGAAGCAUUGUCCAAUAGAGAAAUAAACUAUUAGCAUCUAGAUAUAAGAUAGCUAACAUGUAGAUUUGUUUUCAUUUGUCUGCAUUUAAACCAAAUAGGUAUUUUUUUUUUUUUAAUAUGGUACUGUUGAUGUGACAGAACCAGCUGCAUCUAAACAUACAUUAUUAUUUUGUGAAUCAACACAUUAUCUCACGGUUACUUCCUUGUGGUAUCAGUUUAUCCUGGUGGAUAUUUACUGUAUAUGUUACAGUUCUGUAGAGGUAAGACAUUUGAAGUUGACGGGUAUUAAUUAAAUGGAAUAAAACGUUAAUUACUCAACACAAAACAAA